CUUUUUUCUUCUUCUUCCUUACACCACAUGAAAUCUCUUAAUAGCCGAACUACAUUUCAUAAUAAAAUACAGAAGAAAUUGGGACAUUAUAAAUUAUCCAAAGAUGCAGAUAUACUUAUAUACUUGAAUUAUGUUCUAUUUAUGAAAAGACUAGCUGAAGUCACCCAUCAAAAAGCUUUUGACAAACACAUACAAGCAAAGAAAAAAAAUGCAUUCGUGAUCAGAGGCGAGAACAUUCGUGAAGUUACCAAGGAUGUUUUACGUGAAUUUCGAGGUUAGAAUAAGCUCUUCAUUAUUUUCUUACUGUAUAUCUUUAACCACAAACACAUAGCGUACAUAAAUGUAUAUAAUAUAUAUUAAUCUAUUAGUAUAAUUCUUUUUUUUUAAAAAAAAAAUGAAUAAACAACAACAAAAUCAAUCAAAUCAA